UUUUAGGUAUGGAGAUAUUAUCAAAUUUCAAAUACCUAUUCAUUCAAUCGAGCGAUGGCAAGCAAAGACACGCCGAAAAAGCUCUACGCGAAAAAAACCGAGGCAAAUAUUUCACAUUGCAGACUUUGUUAUUGUGUUACUGACCCGAAGCACAGUAAAAAUUUGUUUCGAAGUCAGAAUCUGAUAACUUUGCGCAAUGCGGAGACAGUAUAUGGUAGUGAAUUGCCACAUGGAAACGACCUUCCUCGUCAAAUUUGUUCUGCCUGUGAAAGAAGGCUGAACAAUGCGAUAAAGUUAAGGGAUAUCAUCAUUGAGACUCAACAGAAACUACAGGAGAAUGUUCAAGCAAAACGAUGUGUGGAAGUUUCUCCUUCUGUUAUCCCCUCAGCUAAAGUGCGCACAGCUGGGACUUCACGGCGACGAAGUAUUGACUUCGGUAAUGUUGCUGCCGAAAAAUCUCCAAAUCUGAUUUCCCGUUUAAACAAGUAUGGUCUGUGCCUUGAGCCUAUGAAGAAAUACCCAAUUCUAGAAGACAUUGGAAAGAGUUUUAUAGAUCAUGCAGCAGAGUUGGUGAAGUCUGGACAUAAAUUUGUGUAUGUGUUAGACAACAUUGACUGGGAGAAGAAGGCCCAUGACAUGAGGCAGAAUGUGCAAAACAGGAGUGUUCAUGCUGUGGCAACAAGUAUUGUAUUUAAUCGAGUUUCUGAUGAAGGAUUGCCCGAUUCUGGUCCACAGCAAAGUCUUAAAGAUUGCAAUGUCCACCAGCUGGUGAAUAUCAAUCGACUGGAAUCUGAGGCAAUCAGAAGCAGAUAUAGAAUACUUGUUGCCAGGCUUUUGUUUGAACAUUUUCCUGCUUUUGCAAUAUUCAAGCCAUAUAUACCUGGAGCCACUGAUUGCCAACAAACCAAGAAUAUGUCAGCCAAGUCAGAAGUUGUGACAAUGCCCAUCUUAAUGAAAGAUGAAAAGAAAUAUUCAGAAUGUGUGGAUGUAUUGAAUCAGCUUGAGAAGUGGACGGAAGAAAUAUAUGCAGCUGCUGGGCUAUGUUCCCCCUCAGAACCUGAUGAUGCCGCACCAAGCAUUGGGACCACAUCCAGACCUGAUCAACCAGCCUCACACGUACCACCUGCUACAACUGAUGAUGAUCCUUUACAUGGUGUAAAAAUACCUUGCUUUGGUGAUCAACUCACUCGAGUCAGAUUUGCUGGGGCAAAGGAUCUUAGAGCUGGAUGCCAUUCAGCUAAACAGAGACUGGAUCAUCUAUAUCCGUUUUGUAUUGUCGACUGGCACACCAAAAGAAGUUUUUUGAAGACAGUGUUCAAGAGACUUUACAAGAACUCCGGGAGAGAGAAAGGAACGCUGCGAUUCUUUAGAGAGAAGCUGAACCGAGGAAAUGUCACUGUCGACGUAAAGCACUAUGAGGACUGUGAGCAGCUGUUUUACAGUGUUGGUAAGUGUUUUGUGAUUGAAGCCCUUUAGGAAUUUUUCCAAAUGGACGACACAAAACACAAGCCAGCAGCGAACGGUCCUCAUAGUGUUCAUGUAUUGCAAGAAGAAUACAGAAAGAGCUAUAUUGUCCAGGUGCUUGACAAAUUUAUUGAUGAGUUUCCUUUCAUUGAUGAUGAGGAUGUGUAUGAUGAAGAUGAAGAUGGAGACAACAUUGAAGAUGAUGGUGUUUGGAGCUAUGGAAUCAACAUCAUAAAGUGUUUUAUGCUCCUUAAUGAUUUCAAGGAUGCUGUAUCCUCAGGCAAUGGUGAACACCUCCUAAUCCUGCGAAAACAACUGCUGGUUCACUUUUUUGCAACAUCAGGAUUUAAUGAGUUUGCUAUUAAAAUGCUCAUCAAUAUCCUACAGUCCAAAGUGUUGCUCUCAACUGUCGAAGCUCAUCGCUGUAAAUGGGCUGCUACAGUGAAUUGGAAAGGUGGUGCUGGCAAAAAUAUUGAAAUUGAUCUUUUCCAAGAAAACAGGAACUGUGAGAUGAAGAAGUUGAUUCGUGCAAUGGGUGCCGACAAGACUGACAAGGCAAUAAGCAGAGCAAGUAAAGCAUCAGGAGGAGUAACAAAAAUAGUGGAGGCAUUUGAACAUCAAGUGAACAUUCAUCCGAAGUCAACCACUCACUCACACAAAUCCGCAACUGAUGACGAAAAAAUUAUAAGCAGAGACAUAAGAGUCUUGAAGCCUUUCAAGAAGGAUGGAAGAUUAUUUGAGUCUUUUCCAAAUAUUUCAUGUAAUCCCACCCAAGCAUUAGACAAGGAUAAGUUUACAACAUGGAUUGAUAGGCACAAGAAAAAUAUUUUAAUGCACUAUCCUCUAGAAGAUGCCGAACUGUCACACGAGUGAUAAUUGCCUGUGCCACAAAACUGUGAGUAAUCUACCUCAAACAAGUAUUUGAUAGUUUUAAGUGAACUGCUAAGGUUUUGAUUGAAUCAAUGUUUGCCACUAAUUGAUCUGUAAAUUACAAAUGCAAAAUUUCUUUCAUCUUAACCCAUUGUCCAAAAAUGAGAAUUUUUUAGGCACACAAAAUUGUAU